GGGCGGCCGGGCGCUGCGAUGGCCCUGCUCCCGCGGCCCGCGCUGGCCCUCCUGCUCGUCGUGGCCGCCGCCGUCAUGGGCCAGGAGCAGGAGCAGACCACCGACUGGAGGGCGACCCUGAAGACCAUCCGCAACGGCGUGCACCGCAUAGACACGUACCUGAACGCCGCCCUGGACCUGCUGGGCGGCGAGGACGGCCUCUGCCGGUACAAGUGCAGCGACGGUGAGGGCACCCGCGGCUCCGGGACCUCAGGCUCGAAGCCUCUUCCACGUUAUGGCUUUAAGCCCUCCCCUCCGAGCGGCUGUGGCUCUCCGCUGUUUGGUGUUCAUCUGAACGUGGGCAUCCCCUCGCUGACGCGGUGCUGCAACCAGCAUGACCGCUGCUACGAGACCUGCGGCCACAGCAAGAGCGACUGCGACGAGCAGUUCCAGGCCUGCCUCUCCAAGAUCUGCCGCGAUGUGCAGCGGACACUCGGGCUGGCUCAGCAUGUGCAGGCGUGCGAGACGGCGGUGGGGCUCCUGUUCGACAGCGUCAUCCACCUGGGCUGUAAGCCGUACCUGGACAGCCAGCGGGCCGCCUGCAGGUGUCGCCAUGAGGAGAAGACCGACCUCUGAGGGAGCCGCGGACAGCAGGUGACAGCGGGGACGAGGACGGAACGGAACCUGCCACCAGACUGCUGUUUCCACGGCAGGAAGCGGCCUCGUCCCCGUGGGAGGACAGUGCUGGGCCUUACACGGUCUGUACUUGCCAUCAGGCCUCACGGUGGGCCAGGGGCAGGCGGCGUGGGCACCCGCCUGUGGGUCUCCCAGCCCUCUCCCCUAUGCCAAACUCUCCUCACCAGUCUCAGAGACAGGUGGGGUCCAGGGGAGGGCUUCUGAAAGAACAGUAGUAGUUCCAUUUCCAGAGCCAUAUUUAGAAAAGAGAUCUAAUAUAAAGCGCAAACGUCAUUACAGUGUGUUCAACAUCCUCUCGUUUGGAAACAGGAAGGCCUUUGCUUAGCGUGCCACUUGUUUACUGUGACUCUUGACUGCACAUUUCGGCCCGGAGGAAAAGCUGGCCCUGGUGGUGAGCACCGUAAUCCCAGCUACUCGGAGCCUGCGGCAGGCUGGAGGCCAACCUGGGCAAUGCAGUGAGUCUGUCUCUUGGGAGAAAGAAAACCACACACACACACACACACACACACAAGCACAUGCACAUAUACCUGCGAGAAACUGACUUGAUUUUUCCUUUACUUUAGUUCUACAUAGUGUGUCACUCCCCUGUAGCCAGUGAACACAUGACUAAGCCACGCUUUUCUCAGGACUAGAUGCAGCGAGGUCUCCAUGGCUGUCUCAUAGUCUCGGCCGUCAGCCGGGCCUCUUGGGAGCGACCCGGGCAGCCUCGUGGUGCGGUCUGCCGUGAGCUGUCAGGGGCAAGAUUCAGAAGCACAGCCACUCCCCUUUCAAGAGCUGCUCAGGGGCCAGUAGGUCGCGUGGAACUUUAGACAGCUGGGUCCCACAGGGCCGACUCCAUGAUUCAAAUUCCAGACCCUGGAGCUUAAACAAUAUGCUGGGCGCACGCAUGCCCAAAAUCCUAAGAGAAAAAUGGAGAAGGGAUCGCAGCGUGGCCAUCCCUAGAGCAUGAUUUCUCACUUUCCCUGUCUCUUAGCACACGCGCCUGAUGGCAAAAAUUCUCAAAAAAAAAAAAAAAAAGAACCACUCAAAUGACAAGGGGGACUUUUUGCUAUGGCCUUUGCCAAAACUGGAGAGACAACGAACAGGACGACCGUACAGGGCGGCCGGGCACACAGUGCCUGAGCUGCUGCGCUGGGCUGGCCUCCCAGCUCUCGCUCCUGGGGUAGAAUCUGGGUCAUUAAGGACGAAACCUGUUACUCCGUGCAGCCUUAAUAAAAUUGCUCCUGCCAUUG